AUGGUGAACAAGAAGGGGCAGAAAGGUCAGCGGAGCUAUAGCGCUUACAAUGCCAGUAAUUACUUGAUCGCGAGCCCCGCAUCGGCCAGCCCCAGCACCAUCGACAACGACGCUGGAGCGAAGCAGGAGUCGGAGCUCGGAGAGGAGAAUGGAGUGGGGGCAGAGGCUGCGUUUGCCAAGGACAAGCACGCGCUCUAUCAGCGGGCCGUGCAAUCGCCCAAGGGCGACAUCAGCUAUCUGCAGAAAUUCUUCUUGAAUUACGUCGGAGGGCGGACUCCUCUUCAUCUGCGCGAGGACUUUUGCGGUACCGCGCUCAUCUGCACGGAAUGGGUCCGUGCCGACUCCCGUCGGACGGCCGUGGGGUUGGAUCUCGACGAGGAGGCGUUGCGAUGGGGUUUGCAGAAUAAUAUUUGCAAAGCCGGCGUCGACGCUUACAACCGCGUUCAUUUGUUCUGCGGAAAUGUGCUGGAUGACAUUUCCAGGGCUUCGAGAAUUUUAGCGGAUGAAUCCCUCGUCCCUGAGUUGACGAGGAAGCUUGAAGAGCAGUCUUUGCAUGACGAGAAUGAGAGAGUUGAUUUGGACGGACCAUCUUCCAAUGUGGAAGGUCCUUCUGAUCCGGGAGCCUUCUCUGCAGCCCAAAUGCUCCCGGGAGCUGACAUGGUCUGCUCUUUCAAUUACAGCUGCUGUUGUUUACAGAAACGCGCAGAUCUUGUUAAGUACUUUCGAGAAGCAUUGAAAACUAUACACGAGGAUGGAGGUAUUUUUGCAAUGGAUUUGUACGGAGGCACUUCAUCAGAGUGUGCUUUGAAGCUUCGUCGCCGAUUUGAGAAAUUCUCGUAUACCUGGGAGCAGGAGGAAUUCGACAUUGUCAAUAGAACGACAAGAAUAAGUUUGCACUUCCGACUCAAUAACAACCAAGGCAUAAUCCGCCAUGCGUUUUCGUAUUAUUGGCGACUGUGGACCAUCCCGGAAGUUAAGGAGUGUCUCUUGGAGGCCGGUUUUAGUUCGGUACAUAUUUGGAUUAAGCAGAUGUCAGAUACUCAUGAAAGGGAUGACGAUGAAGCCACUGCAACUGAUUCCAAGGCCAAGUACGAGGAGGUGACAAGUUUCUUACAGGAAGAUGCAUGGAAUGCUUACAUCGUCGCCGUAGCACCUCGAAAGUUCCGCCCUAAGUAG